AUGGCCGUCGACCGUCGUAUCGCUGAGUUCGUCUCUGACGACAGCUCAAAGUACCUCUAGGUGACUUAAUGUGACAUGCUAGAGGUGAUAUCGAUAGAUGCUCCCAAACUCUCCUCUUUUAUCUAUGGGGAUGUCGGAAUACAAAUCUCUCUUGGAGAUCCACUGCAAGUCAAAGACAUACGUCUGAUGGGUUACAACCAACCCAACACAGUCUGUUUUGCUCGUACUGAGCUUCCAUCCAUUAUGCCAAAUGUUGAAUCACUUAUUGUGUCAUCUACUGAUGAGAUGAUCAGUACACCAAUGGUGCCCAUCAAGUUCCUCCACCUCAAGUUAUUGGAAAUUUAUCUUGCUGAAUUACUGGCUUUUCCUCCCAACUAUGAUUUCUUUUCUCUGGUUUCUUUCUUGGAUGGUUCCCCUGCCUUGGAGACUUUCAUCUUGCAUGUAAAGCAGCGAUGUGAAAGGCGUGAUUCGAUUCUUGAUGGAGAACAUACAAAUUUGAGGCAAAUUCUGCACCCCAGACAUGCCAACCUCCAGAAUGUGACAAUCACUGGCUUUAACUCUACAAAGAGCAUGAUUGAGCUAACAAGUCACAUUCUUGAGAAUGCACCAUCGCUUAAGUGCAUUACGCUGGAUACAGCCAACUUCUAUGAUAAGAACCUUUUGACGAUGGGUGAAUGCUUGCCUAUGAGGAAAGGAGGAAUCUUGGAAGCACGGAAAGCUUUUGAUGCAGCCAAAAGAUACAUCGCGGGGAAAGUACCGGCGCAUGUUGAGUAUAAGUUUCUGGAACCCUGCAGGAAAUGUCAUAUUGGGUAUUGAAACAAAACGGUAGAUCUCAAGAUACCGUCUUUUUGGGAAGGAGAAACUGUGAGAUAAAAUUGGUUGUGUAGCAGUAUAUCGCCGAAAUUUAGUGAUUUCGCUACUUUCUGUGAAAAGGAUGUGUUUAAGUGCCAAGACAAGUAAUUUAACUUUAUAUAGUUUGUAAUUAUAAAUGUAUAAUAUAACAUAAAUUUGUGGCCAGAGUUGUAUGGAGUAUAAAUGUAUAAUAUAACAGAAACCCGCACUUGUUUCAGUUGUUUGGUUCAUCCGUUCAUGUAUAA